UGCUCGGCCUGGCCUGGUAAUGCAGGCCUCAAAUACCGGCUGUUCAUGAGGCUGCAGAGGAGUUCAAGGCCAGCCUGAGCAACAGGUAAGUGGAGAAAGAGUUGAUAGGAAAGCGUUGGAGUUUGGACGUGGAGUUCCUGCUCCUGGAGGCUGGCCCAGUGGCUGGACACUGGGACCCCAAGAGUCUGUGGCCCAGGAGAAACUAAAGUUGGAGGAAGAGAAAAGGAAGAAACUGGAGAGAUUUAACAGCUCCAGACUGACUCUGGACAAUCUGACAGACUUGGAAAACUUGGUUCAAAGACGAAGAAAAAAACGACAGAGACACAAAGUCCCCCCCAAGGAACCUGAGUCUGGGGCUGAGCCUCAGCCCCAGGUCCCACUGGAGCCUGUGGGCCUGGAAAUGUUCCUGAAGGCAGCUGCUGAGAACCAGGAGGCCCUGAUUGACAAGUACCUGGCAGACGGAGGGGACCCCAAUGCCCAUGACAAGCUCCACCGCACAGCCUUGCACUGGGCCUGUCUGAAAGGCCACAGACAGCUGGUGAACAAGCUGCUGGCGGCAGGGGCUGCUAUAGAAGUACGGGAUUUGCUGGACAGGACGCCUGUGUUCUGGGCCUGCCGCGGAGGACACUUGGACAUUCUCAAACAGCUGCUUAACCAGGGAGCUCAGGUCAACGCACAAGACAAGAUCUGGAGCACCCCUCUCCAUGUGGCAGUGCGCAUGGGCCACUCCGACUGCCUGGAGCACCUCAUCGAGUGUGGCGCCCACAUCAACGCACAGGAUAAGGAAGGGGACACAGCGCUCCACGAGGCUGUGCGCUAUGGGCACCACAAAGCAACGAAACUGCUGCUGCUCUAUGGAGCCAAGCUGGGUGUGAAGAAUGUGGCCUCCCAGACACCAGUGCAGCUGGCUCGAGACUGGCAGCGGGGCAUCCGGGAAGCACUCCAGGCCCACGUGGGGCAUCCCCGCACCCGGUGCUGAUGACUGGCACCUGUGGAUCACCCAUGGCCACCAUUCCACACCCACCCACCACCCCUAUGGUUCUCUACCCCAGUCCCAAUUUCUCUCUGGCUUUGCAUCCUGCGGCCUGAGGCAACAGGUAGAGCAGCCUCCUGGGGUUCAGUGAGGAACCCUGUUCCCUGCCAGAGCUGGAGCAGAGGACCACAGGGCAGCAACAAAGGGGUCCAGAUGAGGGCCAAGGCCAGAGCACAAGCGAGCAGACCAGUGCUCCCCUCAGCUGGGUCUAGGACUCCGUUUACCAGUCCUUAGACCACAGACUGGUUUUGGCCUGUUCUCCUAAGUAGACAUUCAGAUAUGGCCAGCAGGGAUGAGAGAAGCAGGCUGAGUGCCAGGCACCGUGCAGGUUACUUCCAUCCUCUGGGCAGCGUUUCUCCUGGGACUCCAUUCCUACCAGUAGCAGCCCUGGUAGCGAGUGUCUGGUAGUUCUAGCCAUCUCGUCUUCAGAGCUCUGAAGGUGAGGUUCUGGCAGGCUGAGGGGCAUGUCAGCAGGACUGCGGCCCCCAGAAGCCAGGAUCUACCAGGCUGCUCCGGAAGCUGGAGUGUGGUUGAGCUGGAACUAGCGUAAUUCUGGGGAAACUCUACCUAAAGGCUCCAGGCAGCCCUGCUUGCCUUAUGUGAGGUCAGGGCACCGGGCGCCAGGGAUUGCUUGUGGCCCACUCACCUCGUGAGGCGGUGGCCCGCAACCCUAGUUUGCCCUGAGCUCUAACGUCCCCUGGUGCUGGAGAAAGCUCCGGGGCUAGGCUCUGUAGGCCCUACACACUGAGGAGUCCUGCACCUUGCCAUGGGACAAUGCCAAUAGUACACAUCCCUCCCUGGUCCCGUGCCAGCUGGUGGUGUGAAGAAGACUUCUCAGGCUCCCGGUGGCUGCUUUCUCUCCCAGCCGUUUCCAGCUUCAAUGUAAACCUGUACGGAGGGCAGGGCUGGCUCCUUAAAUGCCAGGAAGUGGAUGUUUAAGAGCUGGGCCCCCACUGAAGGCCGAGUGAAGGGCAAACGGUGAAGGCUCUGCCUCUCCAACAGCCCCAGCUGCCGCCCAUUUUGCAGCAGUUAUUUUUUGAUUAAUUUUGGCAGCCUAUAGCCAUUGUUAAGACGACGACGACGACGUGAAGAACCUAAGUGUUCCCUCCAAAGGGGCAUGUAUCUUUCCACAGGGCAGGCCCUGCCCUGUCAUGCCAGCCAGCGUGCACCUUGACACUGGUGCCGUGGGCAACACAGACAUUCAAGCCUACUCAAUAUGACGACUCCUCAGAAAUGAGGACACUUAACUGACAAAGCUCCUUUUUAUACAGAUCAAUGUUUUCUCAUUAAACUGACUCUGUUC